AUCGAGGAAGCAGAAGACAACAAAGACGCAUUACGCUUUAUAUCAAAGGAAUUGUGAUUCCACGGUGACAAGAAGAGUCCCGUUUGCGUAUGACGUAUUUAGCGUUUUGACUUCGUACUUCGCUACGAACCCAAACAGCAAACACUGGUGAAGUGGAAGUGAGUUGCCUGAAACUAUGGCUUUGUCUUGGAUGCUAGCUUUCAGUUUAGCAGGUGAGCGUACAAAUCACACAGAGCUAGAUCUGUGAUCUUCAGUUCGUUAUGCUGCAUAUGUGAAGGAUGAAGAUCGCGUCUGUAGACGUGGUACUGAUUGUUUAGCUUCUUGUGGUUUGUCCGCGGUUUUUUUACAGACUGGUCAACUUAAAUAUUCUUCCCUGCAUCCAGCUAUCAAAUACAUAACCUAGUUUCUACCUCUUGCCUUUUAUCACCGAACAGACAGACACCUGCCAUUCUAUUAUGAGGAAGUUUGCUUUUUAAUGUCGCCUAAGUCGAUUUUUCCCGUUCUCGCUCUUUCGCGACUACAUCAUGAUCUCUUCACAUGGACGUAGUCUCUUUCUUUCAUUUUGUUUUCUUCUUUAUCGAAACAAUUCAAAAUGAGACUGAUGUUUUUUAAAUGUACUAGCUUUGAGUACAGCGGAAGCCUCGCCGCAUAGUCACGCAAUUAUUAGGGAGCUUAAGCAACCACGACAACGACGCCGGGUACGACGCCAAGUAAAAAAUAAAUUUGUAUUUUAUGAGCGAAAUUCGCAGUUCUUUAGAUCUGUUCGGUUCGUUAAUGGCUCUAAAAACGUGUUCGAGCUAAAUGUGCAACAGCGGCGUGUAAUUCCAAAUGGAAAUACGAAAUAUUAGCCGUCGUCGUCCACGUUCCGUACAGGACGCAGAAUUUGGUCAUUUCACGUUGUUGUUUUGCAGAGGACGGCAAAGAAAUGUACAAAGAUUUAUAACGCACGUGCAUAGCCAUUGUUCUGCUCAUUAAACCUUUUGUUUGAUGACGUUCUCGUUGCCGUCGUCGUCGUGGUUUGCUUAAGCUCCCUAUUGUUUUCGAAACUAGAUCGCUGUAAAGCUCUCACAUUACACCAAGUGAACAAUAGUUCGUCAAUAUUGCUUCCUUUUAAAGCACUUCAUUUUUCCGAGGUUGACUUGCUACCAAGCGAUAAUAAGUAGAGGAUAUUACGUGACCGCACGGAGAUACGAAAUUUUUCUUUGAGUGUUUACAUAUUUAUUACAUAAACACAAAUGAAAUAUCAAAUCAUUUAACUUUGAUGUUUUUUCUAAAAAUAAAAUUUUGUUACAGUCAUCUCAGAUGAAAAGUUUUCACGUGUAAAGAUAACAUUUUUUCGCGUGAAAGCUCACUUGAUAUGUCAUUGGUUUUUAUUUAAUGAACUGUUAUACUUCAUAAUCUCUCGCUUGUCAUAUACAGAAAAAAAAACCUUCCUGUCUUAGUCAAAAACAUUUUCACAUGUUCUUUCUUUGUAUUUGCUGCAGCUGCCUCCUUGACUCGAGUGACAAGUGGUCGUAAGUAUUAACAUUCGUCAUAAAUGUCUGCAUUUCAAUUUACAGCUUUGUUUUGCGUUUAAGUCGACAGCAUAUCUCAUUUUUACUAAGGUAAUGGUAACAAUUAUGCUAGUGUUAAACUAACUUUCAAUUCUACAUUAGUGAACUCUUUUUAUGUAACAAGAAACCAAAAGAGUUACUGAAAGAUACUUUCUUUUUCAGCCUGCACCCCUCCUGGAGAAUCCAUCAAUGCUUCAAGUGGCCACAUUUCCAGCCCCAAUUUUCCCAGCAACUAUAGCGCAAAUAAGAUUUGUACCUGGAAUAUCACGGUACCCAGUGGGAAAAUCAUCAAACUGUCCUUCUUGAACUUUACCUUGGUAGCAGGUGAAAACGAUGACUGUGCUGGAGCGGCAGCAGAUAGUGCCCGAGUCUUUAUCACAAACGUUGCUUCACAUGGAGGAAAACCUAACGACUUUAAGAUCUGUGGUCAAAAGCUUCCCCCUCCUGUGUACUCCGAGGGAAACUUCAUUCAAGUGAGAUUUGAAUCUCGCGCCGGCCCUUUAGACAAAGGGUUCAAUGCAACCUUUGAGGCGAUAGAUGGAGAUUCACGUAAGAGCUUUUCUUCUAUGGUAGUUUAUUAACUGGAAGUACAGAAAUAUACAGAGCAUGCACCCCUAUCGAGCUGAACGAGAGUUUUGUUGAAUAUAUCAUGCAGAUACAUGUAAUAAAGUAAACAAUCAGCUAAAGUCUGUAGAAAAAAAAUUGAAUGAAAUCAAGUCUUUUACUCGAACGCAAGCUGCUAUGUUUCACAAUCGUUAUAUUUAUUAAAGCAUAAAACCGUUAACAUACGGAAAAUGAGCUGUAGGCAGUAUUGGAAAUCAUCCCGCUGACCAAAAAAUCACCACGCGGAAAAAUCAAAACUAAAACAGUUUUCGGAGAGUAAGAAGCUUCAUCAAGAUUUUGGUGAAUAAAUUAAUUUUUUACAGAAGGAGGAUGCAUUUCCCUAAAGCUGACAGUCCUUGUUACUCUUUUCAGUGUGCCCUACAGAUACAAUCCUCGAUGAAACAUCAGGUUCUUUGUCCUCUCCCUUUAAUCCAAGAAACUAUCCAUUCAACCAGACAUGUAGCUGGAAUAUUACAGGGAAACAAGGAUACCGUGUUGAGCUCACAAUACCAGACUAUAAUCUUGAACGUUGUGAUGCCGCUGCUUGCUCGUGUGAUUAUGUGGAAGUUCAGAACAGCUUCAGUGAUAAAGCGCUACCUGGAAAACUAUGUGGUACACCAAGGUUUAUUCCUGUAAAGUUUUAUUCACUGCACGAAAGCUUGAGGGUGGUGUUUGUGUCCGAUGGUGCAAACAUGGAUUAUGACGGAUUUGGGGCAACUUACAAGCUGUUGAACCACAGUCCUCCAAGUAAGUAGAGAAAACAACGUCGUAAAAUGUAAGAGUUCACUGAGAGAAGAUGUUUCAUGUAAUCAACUCACCCAUACAAGAAAUGAUAAGGCGCUUAGUUAAUCCCUGAUUAUUUUGGCCUGUUCCAAGCGUUCUAGUUAGUCAAGCAGAGCGAGAUAGUGAUGUUUGAGGGUAGUGUUUGUGUCCGAUGAAGCAAGGAUGGAUUAUGACGGAUCUAGGGUAACUUGCAAGCUGUUGAGGUACAGUCUUCCAAGUGAGUAGAGAAAACAACGUCGUGAGAUCUAAGGGUUCGCUGAGGAAAGAUGUUUUUGCGCAAUAAAUUCGCCGGUACAAGUAACGAUAAGUAGGUUAGCUCAUUGGAGUGGAGGUUAUAUCUGUUAUCAAUUGGUGAUGCAAAUUUCUCAGGCUUAGGUCUUAUAUAACAACCCAUGGUAAGGAAUGACGUAAGUGCAUAAACGCUUUUUUUCCUUCUGUAACUACCAAUAAAUAAUGAAGAAUGAGGUGUAUUCAAAUAUCCAAUGGGAGCUGGGUUUUCGCGUGCGUUUAAUCAACUUUUGACUUCGGCACUGGUGUGAUUUUCGUAAAGAUAAAGACAGUAGAAUUUUUUUUAACUGCAACCGACGGCUAAUUGAAAAUCGCGGUUUUUGUGUCUAGAGCGUGGCAACUAGAAUCCUUGCAAAUGCUUGCAAGGAAGUUGAUUGUGUAAGAGAUUCAUAUAAGGCAACAUAUGAAGUAAUGCUGUUGUGGUUUCUGUGAAGUUUACUGUACGUGACACGCUACAUGUAGUAACACAAAAAUGACAAGAAUGCGUGACCAGUUACGUCCCGUAACCACGUCGAUAUUUUGUCGUAAGAUCUGUCGUGUUAAGUCGGAAAUCCAUAUUUGAGCAAACAGAGGAAUAUUAGAAACCAACUGAAUUCGAAAAAGCUAACGUCACGAGAAAACUUAUCGUCGAAGAAAACCUUGCGUUUUGUAAACUGUCCUGUCUUGUGUAGGGGCUGAGUUGGCGAAGUAAGGUUAUUUCGGCGAGUAAUCCAGUCUUUUCUUAGUUCAUGAUACAGAAUCGACUUCUGAUCAUACGCGCUCACAUUUCACCCUUAUAAUUGACCUUUUGUACUUUAUUUGUCGUCACUUCUCUUGUAAUCGACAUGUGGUCAACGCUACACGGCCAGUAGAUGAGUUUUAAGAUUUUACGACUUUAUUACCUGCGCAAGGAUCCGCCCUUAGAUAUUAAAUACACUGCAUAAUUUGUAUUUUCCUUUCGUUUUAAGUAAAGAAUGCUUGUGUUCGUUAAUAAACUGCAUUUAGAAUUUCAUCUCUCUAUUGUCACCAUACAAUCCAAACGUUUACAUACCUGCAAAUAUUACUUUUUCUCGUGGCAAAAGUCGACAGUGCAGUUGUUAAAUACUGAAUUGGCACAAAAGUUAUUGAUAUUACUUGUUAGAGUAUUCUCUGGCACUGGAGUAUUGGCUAAUACAUCAUCUGAUAAGUCAAAUGUGGUAUCAAACGCGAAAAUAUCUUCGGAAAGAACAUUCUUGCUAUUAUCCCCUGUGUGUUCCAUAGGUUUUGGCAAUUCAUCCUUAACACUACUGCGCUCAUUCUCAGUUUCUAUAAAAGCAAUGAUUGCCCCUAAAAUAUUGCUAACGUUAUCUAACUGCUUUUCGCUUGGUUUUUAAUAAGAAAAAACUGCGUUCAUUAUACCCAGGUCGUUGUCUUGCUAACUUUUCUUCACCAUUGUGCUGGAGCAGUCUAAUACCUGAGGCAAGUUUGCUUUGGAACAAAAUUUCUUUGGCGGCAAUAUCUCAUUUAAACUGCAUAAACGCGCUUCUUUCAUACUGAAACUUGCCGUUUCUAUGCGGCCGAAAAUGAAAACUUUGAAGACUUGCAGCGAAAUCUUGCACCUUACUGAUAUAAUCUGAAUGCAGUGCAGUCAAACAUCGAUCAUACUGAUGACCAACCCCUCAUGGCACUUAUGCUUUAUAAAACGAGGCUUCUUCUUCAAAUCUUUCAGGCCACCAUGAAACGUCUUAAACAGACUUUCAUCGAAAAUAAUGUUAUUUUCUUUAACAAAAAUAUUGCAGAGCCUAAGUAACCUGUGUUCGCCAGCUCGAAGACCAAAAAGUUUUCCGUUAUAAAAAUGAAUAACUCAUACAUCAGUGACUCAGCUGAAAAUCCUCCAAGAAGGCCUUUUCCCCACAAUAUCGCCUCUUCGUCCUAAGUUGUUUCUUCGCGGGUGUCCAUUUUGCACUUUUGGGCUAUUCCAAACUUCGUUGCAUCCUUCAUCUCUACGUCUAAAACUUUGUGAAACGACGCGAACCUGUUACAAUAAAAUGAUAUAAUUUAGAACCCUAUUUAAUUCUUCGCCGUCCAUACUAGGCAUUCAAAAGACGUUACACUUUAUUUGCCUCUUGUCAACUUUGUUGAGAACGUUCAAUGCAUCCUUUCCUCCCGUCUCACUCAAAUGACGAUUAAUCGUACAAAUCAACAAAUGAAGCAAAUUGGGCGGAUAACGUUCUCCAUUUUGCUUGGCCAGUUCACAAAUUAAACGAACUUGCCCAACCAAAAGUUUAGCGUAUUUGGUGGCAUAUGCUCUAGAGGAACGGUCAGAUCUUGAACAUCUUCGCAUUUCAGAUCGGCCGCUCCAACAACGUCUACAUUGCACAUGUACUUUUCCGCUGCUGCUGCCAUUCCUCGCCCCAAAUAUCCUUUGCUAUUCACCUUCGAACAAAAUGCGCGGGUUUUGCGCUCGAAAAUGUUGUAAUAAUCGGAGGAAUAGAUGUGUUGAAAUCAUCUUUUUGUACUCUAUCAUCUCAGUGUUUUAGAAUAUACUUAAACAACUAUUUACCUCAGUGCCGGUGGCUAGUGGUUGAUAUUUGCCUCUUGGGUGAAUCAGUACUUGUUAAUUAUCUUGCCACAUUUACACAGACGUUUAUACUUUUUACAGUUUGUCCGAAGGAGGCAAUUCCUCUCUCAGGAAGCGGCAAAAUAAGCAGCACAAACUACCCAAACAGUAACUACAAUGCGUUCAGAAAUUGUACCUGGAACAUAACCACGUCAGCUAACGAAAAAAUACAGUUUGUGUUUACUGACUUUGUCUUAAGUGAGUGUUCAGCCAAUUGUUCGAAUUCAAGUUGUUCUUAUGUGGAGCUUUAUGAUGGUGGGUCAACAAGUUCGCCUUCACUGGGGCGAUUUUGCCAGGGGUCGUCUUGGAAUAAGACUCACUUCUCGACUGGAAACCAAUUGUUUGUGAUGUUCCAUCCGGGAAAAACAGUUGCUCGUGGAUUUGAAGCAGAAUAUUCAGUGCUGUCUCUCACAACAACAACAUCACCACCAUCUUCUACAGAAACAAAAGCGACAAGUGAACCCAGUGGUAGGUACCCCAACAUGUUUUAUUUAGGAUACAAAAACAAAAUCAAAAUAAAAUACAUCUUGAAAAGAAUGAAACAGAGGUUUGCCUUACGACGUUUGACCUUAAAAGAAAAUGAUAAAUAUCUAUUUAUCUUUUAAUCUAUACACAGUAAAAUAUUCAUCCAAAAAGCCAAGAGACUAAGUCCGGGCCGGUCCGUUUUUUAAAACUACCGGCUUCGAUCACGGGUUGCGGCAGACUGUUCCCAUUCUUGUACCGUAUACGGACGGCGAAAGGAUAUUUGGAAGCGUUACACUUUCCUAGUUUAAGAGAUACUUUGGAUUAUUUGAGCUAAUACUGUCUUGUAGCAUUCUAGAAGAGAGAGGUAAAGUCUGCAAGAUUCCAGUGUAAGCCACUUCAGCCUCUUCAGGCGCUCUUCGUAUACCAUCUUGUACAAGAGAUUGUAAAGCGUCGCGGAAGCCUCUGGACCCGAUGGGUCCACUGGUCUAUGAAUUAAAGCGAAUAUUUUGUCGGCUUUCUUGAUCACCGCAUUAACGCGUUUGCUCCAUGUUGGGUCCGAAGUGAUCACAACGCCUAGGUCUUCAGCACUGUUAACGGUUUUAAGACUUGAACUCGGCGAGUUGGUAACGAUUUCACCCAAACUACCGCUACGAUUCGUCUACGGUCGUUGACGAAUCUUCACACCAGAAGUCGAAUCGUGUGUUAACAUACCGGAAGUGGAGGGUAGUAAGCAAUGUGUGAAAAUAAGUAGCAUGGUAUACCGGAAGUCGAAUUGUGCGUUAACAUACCGGAAGUAAAAGGGCGUGAGCAAUGUGUGAUAAUGAAGAGUAGAAAAAAGAAAAUGACAACAUGAACCUUCCGUGUUCUUGAGACGUGAAACGGCUACGAUUCGUCUACGAUUCGACAACAUCUCCAUCCCCCCUUCGUAGUUUCUUGCGGAAUAUUUUCUAAGUGUCUUGCAAAUCGACUUCCGGUAUGACGGGUUGACAUCAACUGUGACGAGUCGUUUGAUUCGAGUCAAAUCGAGUCGAUUCGACAACACUUUCAUGGACUCAAGGUAAUUACUUGCGGAAUAUUUCUAAGUGUCUUGCAAAUCGACUUCUGGUAUACGAGUCGUUCGAUUCGAGUCAAAUUGAGUCGAUUCGACAACAUUUUCAACAACCCAUGACAGUUGCUUGCGAAUUGACUUUCGGUAUGCGUUUCCAUCUUAUGAGAGAUGGUUUAUCAGAUUUCCGGUAUAACAAGACGUAUUAACCGCGAAUCGACUUCCGUAGAACGAUUCGCAAACUGCCCUCGACGAAUCGUAGCGGUUUGGGUGUAUUGGACAACCCUCAUUUGUUAUUUCCAUUACCUCGCAUUUGUCGAGAUUGAAGAGCCGACUUCAUUUCUCAGUCCAUGCUGCUGGUCGGUGUCGGACUGUAGCUCCUGCGUUUCUUUUUUUAUGUUUGAAAGUCCUCGAUGUAUCUUUGUGUCGUUGGCGAGCAACUUCAUCUUGGACGAGAAGUUUGAGUUUAUUUUAUAACAAUAUAUUAAAAAAAAGAAAAUGACCCAGGAUUGUGCCAUAGACAACAUCAGAUUACACAAGAAACCAUGAAGAAUAAGUGCCACGCACCACGACUUGUUUCAGGCGGUUAGUUACGAAAUUUCUGAACUAAAACAAAAGGGGUCCAUCAAUCUCAUACCACUUUAGCUUAAGCAGUAAUCGUUCGUAGUGUAGAGAAUCGAAUGCUUCGAAAAAAAAAAAGUAUGUUGGUUUCGAUCUGUUUCUGAAUGUCGCCCAGUCGUUAAAUCAAGAUAGUAAUUGCGUUUAAGUGGACUUCGUUUCAAGAAAUCCAAAUUGCACACAAUCAAGGUUAGCGAGAUCUGCCGAAAGUUCCGAGGCUCUCUACAGUCUUUUUUACCCUUCUUGUGGACGGGGACAAUAUCGGCUAUUUUACACGCCAACGGCACCUGGCUAGUAUCGAAGGGGCUGAUGAGCGAAGAGAGGUCGCUAACUCGACGGCGCAUCCUUCAGCACGCGCGGUGAAAGAAUCAGGCCCGUGGGACUUGUGCGAGUUUAGUUUCGUAAGAAGGUAGUUAAUUUCGUUUACAUUACAUUGGAUAGUUGACAGUUUGAGAUCCACGACGUUGCAUUAUCCUCAGAUGUAAAGACGGACGAAUAAUUAGAAUUCAUGUUUUCGGCAAUAUCUAAAUCUUCCGUCAUUGUAACAUCAUUAACUUUCAAGGAGAUUAGCUUUUUAUCCUUUACUCGCAGAUGAGAUGUAAUUCCUAAACGCUUCCGGGUUUCCAGAUAUCUUUAGAUCUGCAGAGAUCGUAUUGAUGAAUAUGCAAAGCAAGUUGAGAGCUAUGUUAUUUCGUAGUAACAAACCUUGUUUUUCGCCAAAAGUGCCUUAACCCUCAAAACGCACUUAAUCUUGUGAACCCAUCACAGGCUGACAAUCAGAUCUUCUUUUAAUGGUGCGAGAACUCCAUGGGGUGGGGGUUGAAUUUUACCCUCAAUUAAGCAAUGAAUUAGUUUCGGUCUCUGAGUGUUGACGGAUUACAUAAUUAACGAAAUUAUUGAGUGAUAUCAUUCCACCUUAUUAUAUUUUUCAAUCAAUGAUCAUCAUAUGUUAUCACUAAUUUAAGCGGUUCUUAAAGACUUUCCAAUUUUCAUUUUAAAUUGUAGCGCCAGAGGGAUCCUUAUCGACAGCGGCCGCCAUAGGAAUAGGAUUGGGUUGUGUGGUCUUUCUUCUACUCGUCUUCAUAGCAGUAUAUUAUCUUUUCAUUGGUGAGUUCGAUCGCUUCCUGUCCUUACGGGAAAGUGGGUUUGGUGCAAUAAUUACCUCCCAGUUCGUCCUGUGCUUGGUAGGAGACCAUAACUUUAAGAUCUCUUAUCAUGAGAAUAGAGGAUAUGGCGAGUCUGAUCCCUGAAUAUAUUUGAAGUGUGCUAAAAGUAUUAGUGGAGAGAAAUAGCGAGCUACAUUAAGGAUUCUACUAAUUCUCAAUUUGACUGGUAGACUUUCUUCUGGGGAUCUCAGAGACUCUUGGGAGUUUCAGAGGUCGUAAUCUGGUGGGAUCUUAAGAAGUGUUUUUCCUGGUGCCAUGUGUGGUGCCCAUAAUUAUUUUAGAAUAAAAAUUUCUAUUUCUUUGGUCCUCAUGGGAGCGUUUCAGGAGUCAAUCAUUACAAUUAGGAACCUGCUCUCGACAUCAAAAUAAAUUAAAGAAUGCAACAUCCCGAGGCACUUAAUACCAUCUCAAUUUGAAAUAUUGCUUGUUCUCAACAGUUAAAAAGAACAGGAGAAGUACAUCUCCGAAUGAUGAAGGCAAUGAAAUGGAAAAAUGCACAAAGGAAAAUAACAAAGUAUCUGCACCUGAAACCUGAGCAUGAUUUGAACUUGUCUACUUCCUGCCAGUCCGGAUCUUAAACCAGUUUAUAUCUAUUUGGAUUUUUUUGUUUUAUAUUGUGUGUAUUAAGGCACUUAAAAGUCUUAUUCGGGGAGUGGUCUAAUCAUUUUUUUUCCUCAAUGACCGCCCAAGUUUUGCAGAGAUUUAGGAGAAUUGGCCCGAGGAAUAGAAUAGAGAAGAUCGUGUCUAUCUGCCCGUAGUUAGACUCUACCCAGACCCUUGACAAAGAGUGUGGAAACAAAGGAAACCCUAUUCACAUAUAACUAAAACUAAUUAGAGCAAUUUUCAAUUCAGUGUCGAAAGUAAUUCGAGAUUUUAUCUAUUAUGCUUCACUUUGGGCUGUGAUUCUGAGUCCAGAAAAGUCGCGCCACACUCUCCACCAAUCAGCUGAAAAACUUAAACCAAUCACAAUUCGGUCGUCCGCGUUUUCCCGCGCUUUCCGUAGUUUUGUCGGUGUUACUAUGAGUUCUUGUUGGCUGUUAAAGGUAUUUUCCUUUAGUAAGGACUCAGUCAUCUAAGAGUAUAGUAUUUGUUGUUGUCGGUAGUGACUGAAUGUUUGUUAAGUCAUACUGAGACAGAGCUAUUGUGAUGUACUUGAAAUACUGUGCAUUUCGAGGAAUUUUGGACGCAACAGUCAGUUUGUGUCGGUGUGUGCUAAGCUGUGGUCUGUGGAGGGCAUAAUUAAGUUUUAGAGGGUGAUCAUUGUUAGUAUUCCCUACACGAAUCGCUCCUUAGUAAAAAAAAGUGUCAGUG